CACAUGGUGUAUGUUUGUAUCUGCUCUUUGAACUUGAGCGAGUGCCAAAAAGAUGAUGGCAAUUUGGCAAAGAAAAGGGGCAGAUUAAAGGACAAGCACAGCACGAUGAAAGAAUAAUAUUCACUGUUUUGAUUUGUUGAUAAUUCUGCAGAGAUUAAAAAACCAUGAGCGAAAAACAACCCUUACUAAAAGGGGAUUCCUCAACUCCAAGGGAACCAUUUUUAGUCAAUUCUUUAAACAGGUCAGCAGAAGAUUUAAAUGAACAGAGUUUAAAUGAUCUUGCUCAGCAUGCUCGAUACCGGUACUACACAAAGCUUUAUCCAAGACAAGAACUGAUAAUACCUGAUCAUGUGCUGCCACCAUAUCUCUUCCUGCCAAUUUUGCCAUCAAUUGGUUACAAACAAAGCAGCUUGAUAACAAUAUUUGCGAUUUGGAAUACGAUGAUGGGUACGUCACUACUGAGUUUGCCUUGGGCCAUUGGACAGAGCGGAUUUGUCCUUGGCAUGGCCUUGAUUAUCACCAUGGGUCUCAUCUGCUUCUACACCUGCUAUCUUAUCUUGAAAAGUGCCAAUUACAUGGAUAAGUCAAAGUUCGAGGCCCUUGAAUUUACUGAUGUCUGUGAACAUUAUCUUGGUAAGAGUGGGAAAAUAUGCAGCAUUGUGUCCUCUCUGGUGGCGCUUCUUGGAUCAACAACAGUCUACCUCGUUCUGUUGUCAAACUUUUUAUUCAGCGUUGGACAGUUUAUCCACGAUCAAAGUAAUUCGGUCCCAGGCAACGUCACAAGUCUUGCAAACUACUCUGGAUCGAGUUUAUCUGAAGUGUUGUGUGCUGCUGACGAAAGCCCAAAGCACACUAAACCGACUUCGCUGACGUCCUCUGGAAGUGAUGCGUUUUAUAACAUAUGGCAGCAAGACCUCACUGUGCCGUUCUAUCUGCUUGUCGUGUUGCUCCCGCUAUCAUCGUUCAAGUCGCCCACCUUUUUCACAAAGUUUAAUGCUUUGGGGACAUUGUCCGUCUUUUACAUAAUCGUAUUUGUUUGUGUGAAAUCGGCCACUUGGGGUCCCAAUCUGCAUUUUGAGGACAGUCUAACUGAGGAAAGAACUCCACUUUAUAACCUUCAAUUUCCUGCCUUGACUGGAACAUUGGGGCUGGCCUUCUAUAUUCACAAUGCAAUUUUGUCGAUCAUGAGAAACCAAGAAAAGCCUCAAAAUAAUACACGUGACUUAACCAUCGCUUACUCUCUCGCAACUGGAACUUAUUUCUCAAUUGGCUUCAUAUUUUAUUCUUGUUUUCCUCUUGCCAAACUUUGCAUUCAACAGGUAUUGCUGGAUAAUUUUGCAUCAGGCGACGUCAUGACGUUUUGUGCUCAUGUUUGCUUGUUGUUUCAAAUGAUCACUGUAUUUCCGCUGUUGAUGUACAUUUUGCGAGUGCAAAUAUUCACUUUGCUGUUUAGAAAUGUCUACCCAAGUUUAAUUCACGUUGUGGUUCUCAACUUCCUCGUGAUCGGACUCGGCAUCGUAUUUGCAAUUUUUUAUCCGCAUGUUGGCCACAUUAUAAGGUAUGUUGGUUCAACAAGUGGGCUUGCCUACAUUUUUGCCCUUCCUUGCAUCGUUUACAUGCUGAUAGAAAAAAGAAAGAACUCUUUGACCUGGCCAAAACUGAUUAUUCAUUGUGGCUUGCUGUUCCUUGGCUUUUUAAACUUUGCCUCUCAAUUUAUGAUAAAAUGACAUAAUAAUAGUAAUCAUAAUUGAUCGAUUUGAUCGGCUUGUUUUUGUAAUUGUAAAUGUUUAUUGACCAGAAAUUUAGUUUGGGGUAAAUCCUUUCUACUCAGGGGUGUAGUGUUUUGAAGGAGCAAGGGGGCUCUUCCAGAAAUGUCUCCAACAGAAAUUGAAACUGGUCACUGACUAGGAUCGAUAGAAUCUGGCAAGAAAUAGAAGUUAUUCUCGUUUGGGGUUACUCCUUUAUCCCUCCCAGCACUACGCCCUUUUUAAUGUAUUCGGAUUCAUUCAGUUAGAAAAAUGAAAAUAGUGAAACAUGUAAAUUAUAAUAAUUUUGAAUGAAAUGCUAAGUUAUAGCACUCGCGCUGCUAAUUGUGUUUUGAGCUUCUGAUGGAAACUAACCGUUAAUAUUUUCGCUUGGAAAAGAGUUCAGCUUGUAAACAUUGUUAAAUAUAUCUUUUUCUAUUUUCAAAUAAAGGUUUUUAUCAAUAUUGGCUGGAUUAUUUUUCCCUACUCAUUAUUAAUAUUUCUGCGUAGCAUGUUUUGUGUAAUUAGAUACUUGUGAAUGGUUAUCAAAGAAAAGAUUAAAGAGUUUGGAAGGUGUGGUUAGCCAGCUUUUCUGACGACAGGAUGCCAAAAAACCAUUCUCACGAAAAGCCAAUUAGGUGUGAAAUCAUUGAUAAGUUUUGUUACUGUUUUGAAAACUGAGUCUAUAUUAUUUAGACUGCCCCUUAUCGAUGAAUUCUUUAAAAAAUGUAUGAAGUUUAGAGGACAGACAACAUAGAUUGAACGAAAUGACUUAAGCUUACAUGUGCACCCUAAUAUGACAAUCUUAUCUCCCGGGUGGUCUAAGCGGUAGCUUUUAAGAGUUCCUGCAACCCUAAUCUUAACAUCCACGAACAUUUUAUAUAUUCAAUUUUUUUUACACAUUUAAACAAGUUACCAAUUCAGUCUAUGUUGUUUUACAAUCUGCUAGAUCUGCUAGAUCAAAAGGUAUUUGCAUUUAGUCAAUUAGAUACUUUUUCCCAACUAUGUCUAUUUUUAUUUUACUGAUUAUACCGAGGGAACUCUUUGAUAUCGUUGCCAGUCGUUUCCAUUUCUCCGUACCAUGAUAAUGGAAUGAUUUUAGGCCACUCGUUGUCAUUUAAGAUACAACGAGAUCGUGUUAAUGUUUAUUUGAUCACAUGCAUGAAAAUCUGAUAAUCUAACGAGUAGAUAGUGAAGUAUUUUGGAGCAUGAUUGUUAAAAGAUUUAUUCAGCAUAUGUCGAUGUUUAUUUCGAAGUUAUUUGUAUAGGAAGCACUGCUAUUGUGUAGACAGAAAAAGUGAGUUCGUUUCCAGAAGUAGACAGAAGGAGUUCAUUCUCUUUUGGUAAUAAUUUCAAUAGAUAAACGGCAUAGAUUAGGCACCCUUUGCAGUCAUGUACUCGCGUUUCUCAUUCGGGUAUUUUGAUGAUCAACUGGGUAUAUACAUUUCCUGGCUUCGGAAUUUUGAUCUGUUUUUAUACUUGCAGUUUGAUCAUGAUAUUUAACCGGCAUUCCGCUUUCAACUAACUGAAUUUUUAAACACUGCUCUGUAAAAAUCAUUUUGGCAAGAAGUAUAAUUGUAAUUAUUUAGCACAAUAUAAAGU